AUGUACCAGUCGUCUAUAUACAGUCCCGGUUUUGCAGCAUUUUUAUCGCACCGCCAAAAUCAUCUCCACACUUUUCACCACAUGUCCAAGUCUGUAAACGUUGCUAUAAUUGGUGCCGGGGUGGUCGGCUCGGCUUUCCUCAACCAGCUCAAGAACCUCAAGUCAGCCAUCAAGUUCAAUGUUGUUUAUCUUGCCAGAUCUUCCAAAGAAGCCAUUUUUUCAAACGACUACCAGCCGGUCGAUUUGGCUAACUACAAAACCGCCAACGCCAAACCACUUUUGAGCGUCGAUGACUUGGUCAAGUUCCUCAAAGAGUCCAAGAAACCAUCGAUUUUGAUCGACAACACCUCCAACUCUUCGAUUGCCGAAGCGUACCCUCGUUUUGUUGAAGCUGGAAUCUCCAUUGCAACUCCCAACAAAAAAGCAUUUUCCUCAGAAUUGUCUCUUUGGAACGCCAUUUUCAAGGCCCUGGAAGCUCCCUCCGGCGGCUUGGUCUACCACGAGUCCACGGUGGGUGCUGGCUUGCCUAUUAUUGGUCCUUUGAGGGACUUGGUCGCUACCGGCGACAAGGUUGAAACCAUCGAGGGAAUCUUUUCUGGCACCCUUUCGUACAUUUUCAACGAAUUUUCGACGACAGAAGCUUCAGAUGUCAAGUUUUCCGACGUUGUAAAGGUUGCUAAGGACUUGGGAUACACCGAGCCCGACCCUAGAGACGACUUGAAUGGUUUGGAUGUGGCCAGAAAGGUAACUAUCUUGGCCAGAAUUUCUGGUUUCAACGUCGAGUCACCUACGUCGUUCCCCGUGGAGUCUUUGAUUCCAAAACAGCUUGAAUCUGUUGAAAGCUCGGACGAAUUCAUGCAAACGUUGCCAGAAUUCGAUGGUGUCAUUCAAAAAGUCAAAGACGCUGCUCUCGCCGAGAACAAAGUUUUGAGAUUUGUCGGUAAAGUGGACUUCAAGAACAACAAGGUGUCGGUGGAAAUUGGCAAGUACGGCUUUGACCAUCCUUUUGCGUCGCUUAAAGGUAGUGACAAUGUUGUGGCUUUCAAGACUGAAAGAUAUCCCAACCCAUUGAUCAUCCAAGGAGCCGGAGCCGGAGCCGAGGUGACAGCGCACGGGGUGUUGGCGGACGCCCUCAAGAUUGCGGAGAGAAUUGCAUAA